AUGUCAAAAUUAGAAUUAAAUAACGAUUCAAAUAAUAGUAAUAACACUACUACUACAAAUACAACUUCAACAAAUAAUACUAUAAAUACAAUUAUUUCAAUUAAUAAAAAUGAUAAUCAUUUAACCCCACCUCCAACAAAUCCAAAAUAUUCUGGUUUACAAAAGAAAGGGUUAAUGAAUCAAAGAAUACAUGGAAGAAAAUUUUUUGAUUCUGCUGAUUGGGCACUUGGCAAUUCAAUGGGUGAUAAUGAUUAUUUCCAACAACAACCACUUUUAAAUGCCGCUCUAAUUUCCACUUCUUCAAAUAAAGCCCAUUAA